AAAAACCCUAAAAGAAAAAGCUGUGUUACACUUUCUUCUCUCCUUGGCGGUUUUUAUUACCUCCAGUGAUUGGAUUCCAUCUGCAUUCUCUCUUAUUUGCGAAAGCCGUGCGUUGACAGUGAAAGGAGAGACGAAGCCUUGAAGAGAGACAAAUACACAAUCAAUGCUUAUUCUCGUGGGAUUUUGAAGUAGUGGACAGCUUUUGAAAGGGAAUCUCCUCGUGUCUUGUCUGCUCAAGGAUUUUCGCUCUUUUUGUUCCUUUGUUGUUAGUUGUUGUUGUCAGAUCCAAAAGUUAAGAGGCUGUAGUAAGCCUUGGACUUUAUUAAGAUUUGACAAAAAAAAGAGAAGAAGAUUUUGAAUCCGUUGAGAAAGCAGAAUCUUUGGUGCUGGGUUUGUGUCACUGUGUUCUUUCAAGUUUUCAUGUGAUUCAUUGGAGGAGGCAGAAGAAACGCAGAGAAGGUGGUGUUGUCAAGUUUGUGUUCAGUUGCAAGGUCUUUUCUGGAAUCACUAGCCAAGUAAAGAGAGUCUUUGGUUCUUGUCUUGGUGGGGGCAAAGCUUAAAUCCUGUUAUCUUCUAGAUUCCUGUGAGCCUUUUAUCUCUCCAAGGAAGUACAGUUUCUUCUGAGGAUCUUGUUAUAAAGACAAACUAAAAAGAGUGUCAAGAAAAGUUUCUUGCAUUGGAGUCUUAAAUGAGUCGUUUACUAAAGCGAGGGAAGCAGGAAAAGCCUGUAGUAUCUGAUGGGGCUGAGAAGGUUAUCGUUGCUGUCAAAGCGUCUAGAGAGAUCCCAAAGACAGCUUUGAUAUGGGCUUUGACUCAUGUUGUUCAGCCUGGGGAUUGUAUAACUCUCAUUGUUGUUGUCCCUUCUCAAAACUCCGGAAGAAAACUUUGGGGUUUCAGUAGGAGUUUCCCUAUGUUUGCUGGAGAUUGUGCAAGUGGUCACCGGAAACCACAUUCUGAAGCACUUCCAGCGAUAAAGAGUGACCUUACUGACACGUGUUCCCAAAUGAUUCUCCAGCUUCAUGAUGUCUAUGAUCCCAAUAAGAUAAAUGUCAAGAUUAAGAUUGUUUCUGGAUCACCCUAUGGAGCAGUUGCUGCUGAGACAAAGAAAGCACAAGCAAACUGGGUAGUACUAGACAAACAUCUCAAGCACGAGGAGAAACUGUGUAUGGAUGAAUUGCAAUGUAACAUUGUGGUGAUGAAGCGUUCUCAGGCAAAAGUUCUGCGCUUAAAUCUGGUUGGUUCCCCUAGGAAGGUUGCUGAGAAAGGGUCUUCUUUACCAGAGGCAGCAUCUGAAAAACUUACAAAGAACACAAAAGUAUCUUUAGAUUCUGAUAAAGGACUACCUGUAACUCCUACUAGCAGCCCAGAGCUGGGGACACCAUUCACAAGUACAGAAGCAGGUACUUCAUCAGUGUCAAGCUCUGAUCCAGGAACUUCACCGUUUUUCACUUUGGGUAUGAGUGGGUACAUGAAAAAGGAUGGAGCAUUGGUCAUCAAGGAGAAUGAUGAUUCCGGCUCUGAAACAGAGAGUGAAUCAUUAGCAUCAACAAGUAUGAGAUUCCAGCCAUGGAUAUCAGAAUAUAUCAGCACACAUCACCGUUCAUCCCUAGAAGCCGAGGAAAGCCUAUGGAAAAACGAUGAUAGGGCUCAAAUAACAACUACAAAGGGUUUACUUGAAAAGUUCUCUAAACUGGACGUAGAAGCUGGGUUGUCGUCUAGUCGAAGGAUGGAUGUGGAGUUUAGUGGAAACGUUAGAGAUGCAAUAUCACUCUCUCGUAAUGCUCCUCCUGGUCCUCCUCCUCUCUGUUCCAUCUGCCAGCACAAGGGGCCCGUAUUUGGGAAACCCCCUAGACUGUUUUCAUACGCCGAGUUAGAGCUUGCAACAGGUGGGUUUUCAAAGGCUAACUUCUUGGCAGAGGGUGGAUAUGGCUCUGUUCAUCGUGGUAUACUACCCGAAGGCCAGGUAGUUGCAGUAAAGCAACAUAAAUUAGCUAGUUCUCAAGGAGAUGUAGAGUUUUGUUCUGAAGUGGAAGUUCUCAGCUGUGCUCAGCAUAGAAACGUUGUUAUGCUAAUUGGUUUCUGCAUUGAAGACAGUAGACGGCUCUUGGUUUAUGAAUACAUAUGCAAUGGUUCACUUGACUCUCAUCUAUACGGUCGCCAAAAGGAGACACUGGAAUGGCCAGCACGGCAAAAGAUUGCUGUUGGAGCUGCAAGAGGUCUUCGUUAUCUUCAUGAAGAGUGCAGAGUUGGAUGUAUUGUCCACAGAGACAUGCGUCCUAACAACAUCCUCAUCACUCAUGAUAAUGAGCCACUGGUCGGAGAUUUUGGUCUAGCGAGAUGGCAGCCUGAUGGAGAACUAGGUGUAGAAACACGAGUGAUAGGAACCUUCGGCUAUUUAGCUCCCGAGUAUGCUCAAAGUGGACAGAUCACAGAGAAAGCGGAUGUCUACUCGUUCGGGGUUGUUUUAGUUGAGCUAGUCACAGGCCGCAAAGCCAUUGACAUUACUAUGCCAAAAGGCCAGCAAUGCCUGACUGAAUGGGCUCGUCCGCUACUGGAAGAAUAUGCUGUAGAUGAACUUAUCGAUCCGAGGCUUGGGAACCGUUUUGUAGAAAGUGAGGUCAUUUGUAUGCUUCAUGCAGCUUCGUUGUGUAUACGUAGAGACCCACAUUUGAGGCCACGCAUGUCUCAGGUGUUACGUAUACUGGAAGGAGAUAUGAUAAUGGAUGGGAACUGCUGCUCAACUCCAGGGUCAGAGGCAGGCAACAGAAGCGGAAGGUUCUGGGGUGAUCAUUACAGCAGUGGUCAGCUAACGAAUGAUGGUUCGGAUAGGUUCAGUGAAAGGCUGUCUGUUGAAACGCCAAGACUAGCUUUAAGGGAAAGAGGUCAGCGGUUGGAACUAAACCAUAACAAGCAAUACUAAACGGAUUAAGAGAGUUAAAAAUCGGAUAACAGUGUCUUAUGAAAAGUUUUGGUUGUAGGGUUUAAAAAGUCCCUGUUUUCAGUAAUGUGGUCCAAAGCUAGGAAGAAAGCUUUUUUCUGACUCCUUUGUUAUUUUUUGUUUGUAUAGCGGGUAAGAAGCAAGAAAAAAACAGUUGCUAUAUAUGUUAUCAAGGAACUUGGAAUUGUUUUUGGUGAAAGGAAAUGAUUAUAAAAUGACAAAACAA